AUAACAUCAGCCCGGCAAGACAUACUCUCUACAAUUUUUAAUUCACAGGCUGGGCCAUCGAUCUCAGCCUCUCAGGGUAUCUACUGAAAGAACGUGCACACGGAAGAGGGCAUUACUGACUUACUGUGGACAAGCUUCGAACUCUGUAAAGAAAAGAAAGAACGGGAGUCGCCUCUUCCGAAGCUUUGGCUCACAAAUCACACUACAUUUUUACCGUGCCCUCGGCAACACACUCGCCGCUGUCGAUCCCUGCACGUACCAGCCGCCGCCCGUUUCUCCAGUCGAUCCGCCGCCCCUGCCAUCUCUAACGUCAGUGAUCUGCACUCAACUGGUCAGCUAUGGCUAAUGGUAAUAGUGGACUUGGCAGCUAAAGGGAGAUUCUAGGAUAAGAAUUAAUCAGUCACUACUCACAAGGCUGGCUAGUUCUUUCUGAUCCAGUCUCAUCAAGCAUUUUAAUUCAGUCUGAUCAAGCAGAAGCAAGGAGCCAUGGCGCAGUCGGCUGUUAGCACUGUGCUUGGAGGCAUGGGAAAUCUUGCUGUUGAGGAGACCAGAUUCUUAUGUGGAGUCACCUUUCAAGUGUCCUUAUUGAAAGAUCAAUUGCUGCAGCUGCAGGCCUACCUCAAAGAUGCUGACAGCAAAUGGAGAUCAGGAAAUGCAAGGGUUGCUGUCUUGGUGGGCCAGAUCAGAGAUGCAGCGUAUAAGGCUCAGAAUGUCAUUGAAGCUGCAGAUUACAUAGAGAAGAGAAACAGGCUCAAGAAGGGUUUCAUGGGUGCCAUUACAAGGUAUGCUCGCUUACCGAGUGACUUGGUUGCCCUUCAUAAAGUUGGUGCUGAAAUCCAACGCGUAAAUGGGAAGCUCGAUAAGAUAUUUGCAAGUGCAGCAAAUUUGAAAAUUGGUUUGGAUAAUACUGGUGAAGUUGAGGAUGUUCCACAAGAUUUCGGUGUUAUGCACCAACACUCUCAAGAUGAUGUUGUCAUGGUUGGAUUUGAGGAUGAGCACAAAGAACUAGUGGAUAAGUUAAUUGAUAAUAACGAGAAAAUGCUUAGUGCUGUCUCCAUAGUCGCCAUGGGUGGGGCCGGAAAAACAACACUUGCCAGAAAAAUAUACACUUCCUCUAGGGUCAAAGAGCACUUUGACACAAUUGCUUGGGUGACUGUGUCUCAAACAUUCAAGGGCAUUGAAUUACUAAAGGAUAUUAUGAAACAAAUAACAGGGAAGAAAUAUGAGUCACUUAAUCAAAUGCUUGAGCAUGAGGUGGGAAAGGAGAUCCAUGAUUUUCUGUUGCAAAAGAAAUACUUGGUAGUUCUUGAUGAUUUGUGGGAAACAGAUACAUGGGAGCAGUUAAACAGGACAGUUAAAGCCUUUCCCGAUGCAACUAAUGGUAGUAGAGUGCUGUUAACCACAAGAAAAGAAGAUGUGGCAAAUCAUGUUCAAAUGCCAACCCAUGUUCAUCCUUUGAAGAAGUUAGAUGAAGAGAAAAGCUGGGAUCUUUUCAGUAGUAAAGCUUUACCACCAUACAGAACAUCUGGCAUACGUGAUGUGGGUGACUUUGUAAAACUUGGGAGAAAGCUUGCAAAGAAAUGUGAUGGGUUACCACUUGCACUUGCAGUUUUGGGGGGUUAUCUAUCAAAAAAUCUAAAUAUGCAAGCAUGGUCCAGCAUACUCUCAGAUUGGCCAUCAACCAAAGACGGGCACAUGAUGCAGAACAUACUAGCUCGCAGCUACAAGGACCUGCCAAACCAUUAUUUAAGGUCUUGUUUCCUCUAUCUUGCUAGUUUUCCAGAGGAUUAUGAAAUAUAUGUUGUCGAUCUUAUUAAUCUAUGGAUAGCUGAAAGCUUCAUUCCAUACACACCAAAUCAUAAGCUAGAAGAAACAGCACACAAGUAUGUGACUGAGUUGGUUCAGAGAAGCUUGGUCCAAAUUGUUCGUGAAACCAGGGAACUUGAACGGAUUGACAGUAUAAGGAUUCAUGACAUCUUACGUGACUGGUGCAUAGAAGAAGCCAGGAAAGAUGGUUUCCUUGAUGUCAUCGACAAAACUGCAGGCCAAGCUGGUGCAUCGUCCUGGGAUAAACUGAUAUCUUACCGUUCUUGUUUUCAAAAUUUGAGUGACGAGGUUGCACCUGGGGCACCUAAUGUCCGAACUCUACUUUGCUUUAAACUCUCGUCAGUGUCCCUUCCUAAGCUGAGAUUCCUGAGAGUUCUCCGCAUCGAAGAUUCCAGACUGGAAGGUUUCUCCAGAGUGAUUGUUGGGUGCAUUCACCUAAGAUACCUCGGGUUGUUAAAUUGUGAAGGCGUGAUGCUGCCUUCAUCAAUUGGACAACUCCUUUACUUGCAGACGAUAGAUCUAAGGAGAACAGAAUUGGACUCGGUGGUGCCAAACUCCCUGUGGGAUAUCCCAUCUCUAAGGCAUGCUUUCCUUGGGGAAAACUUGUUUUCUCCACCACCAUCCGCAAGGAGUAUGCGUCGACAGCAGCAGAAUAAGCUACAGACCUUUUUUGGUGCAGCGGUUGGCAGAAACUCGUAUCAUGACUUGGUGAUUUUCGUGGGCCAGAUGAAGCAACUAACAAGGCUCUUUAUGUCGAUGGAAGGCUUACCUGCGGAGAUGAUUAACAUAUUUGCAAACAUGCCUCGCCUGGUUGAUGUUUCUAUGGGUCAGUUUGAUGUGCUGGAUAAGCUGCCUGAUAACUUCCCACAAAGCCUACAGAGUGUUCGUCUAGAUGCUAAUGUCAUUGAACAAGACCCGAUGCCGAUCCUGGAGAAGCUUCCAUGUCUUGUAGUGCUCGAUUUGGAGGGAUAUAAAGGCCAAACCAUGACCUGCUCUGCCGAAGGGUUUCCUCGCCUGCAAAGGUUGCGACUUGUUACGUUCUCCACGGAGGAGUGGACCAUGGAGGACGGGACAAUGCCAAAGCUCUCCUGCCUGCAGCUUUGGAGGCUCUCGAACAUGAUCAAGCUACCCGAAGGAUUGCUGCACCUUCCGUCCCUCAAUAAACUGGAAUUGCUAUAUAUGCCCCAGAUUUCUGAAGAUGACAGCACGCUAAAGGAGCUGCAGUGUAAAGGGUGUGAGGUGGCAAUUACACGAUGGUAGUACUGUAUGUGCGCGAGCGAGGACGUGCAGCGCAACAUCCAUCGAAGAUUACAUUGCAUUUCUUGUGUUUAUGGACGAAGCAUUUUUAUUGGACGUUGCGCUUUUCUGCGCAACGUCCCUCGGGCGAACGAGCGUAUUAUGUUUUAUUAGCUCUGCUUAUCUCCCUCAAAUUUGCAAGUACUAUAUACCUGCAGUUUGGCAACCUGAAUGUCCAAUAAAAAUGCUUCGUCAUCCAGACGAUGCUGUGUGUAUGUACUAUCUAUGUAUUCUAUUUCUCUUGUCAUGGUCCAUGGACUUUUACAUUCACAUCUGUAUGUAUAACUAACUGUUAAGUUGUACCUUCAUUGUUGCCUUGCAAAGCUUUUGUGCA